GUUGGGAGUGCAGUAGAAGCUUUGGAGUCAAACAUUCGGACCCUCCGGGGUAAGACACCAACAGCCCCGCCGGCUGCACGGGACGAUGGAGUGACAGAAGCCGACUAUUAACUCCUGUAAGGUCGGGGCCAUGAAUAAACAACAGAGCAAGGAGAGUCUAAAGGACAAGGUGAAGGGGAUCUUGGGGCUUGGAGGUCCACGUCCGCCGAGCAAGCAGAGUGACUUCAAACCCUCAGAGUUCAUCAUCACCACUGACAUCAUCAGGGAACUCCAUCCAGACUGUGGCCUGAGCAACCGCGUCCGCACGAUGAACCACAUCUGUGACCUGGCUAAAAGCAAGAAGUUUGAGGAGAACGCGGUGGAGGCCGUGUGGAAGGCCGUGGAGGACAUGCUUGCUCCAGAGCAGCCCCCAGAGGCCAGACACGCCGUCCUGCAGCUUCUGAGGGCCAUCAUACAGGGACAGGGGGAACGCCUCGGGCCUCUGAGGGCAUACUUCUUCAAGGUGAUCCGAGAUUACCAGCCGAGCAAUGAGGAUCUGUCUGACAGACUGGAGGUGUUCAAAGCCUUAACCGAGAACGGGAAGGACAUAACGUACCUGGAGGAGGAUAUCGCCCGCUUCGUUCUCCUGUGGAUGGACAUCGGUCUCACCUCUGAUUUUCUUCACGUUCUUGUAAACCUGGUGAAGUUCAACAGCUGCUAUCUGGACCAGAACGUCUCCAUCAUGGUCCAGAAAAUCUGUCUGCUCUGCAACAGAACCACAUCUUCUACAGACAUUGAGGUGGCGCUGCAGGUGCUGGAUGCUGUUGUGUGUUACAACUGCCUACCUUCAGACUCUCUCACCAUCUUCAUCAUAACGCUCUGCCGGACCGUCAAUGUGAAGGAGUUCUGUGAGUCCUGUUGGAAGCUGAUGAGGAAAGUCCUGGGAACUCACCUGGGCCACAGUGCCAUCUACACCAUGUGUCGCAUCAUGGAGGAGAGGAUGUACAUGGAAGAUGCUCCGCUGCUGAGAGGAGCCGUGUUCUUCGUCGGCAUGGCGCUGUGGGGGGCACACAGACUCCCAGCUCUGAAAAACACCCCCACACUUGUGCUGCCAUCCUUCUACAAGGCCAUGUCUUCUGCCAACGAGGUGGUUUCGUAUGAAAUUGUCCUGUCCAUAACCAGGCUGAUCAAGAAGUAUGGUAAAGAGUUGCAGGUGGUCACGUGGGACAUCCUCCUGAGCAUCAUUGAGCGGCUGCUGCAGCAGAUCCAGACCAUAGGCAGUGCAGAGCUGAAAGCCAUCGUCUACGAGCUGCUAACCACCGUGGAGGAGCUGUACGAGCAGAACAGCUACCACGGCUCCGCUGAGAAGUUCUUCAGCCUGGUGGAAAAGUGUGCAGAUAAGAGGCCUGAUGCCUCUGUGCUGACCCUCAUUUCAUACAGGGCACAGUCCAUCCAGCCUGCAAGGGACGGCUGGAUCCAGAGUCUUCACCGCCUGAUGGAGAACUUCUUCAGGAACGAAAACCGGACUGUGAUCAGGAUCAAAGUGCUUCAUAUCCUGUCCUUCGUUCUCAGCACCAACCGGCAGCUUUAUGAGGAUGAGUUGAUUGAAAUGGUGGUGAUCCCUCAGCUCAGUGGUAUUGCUGAAGACAAGGACCUGGCUGUCAGGAAGCAGGCCACUCAGCUGCUGGUGGACCUCGCCGAGGGCUGCAACACCCACCAUUUCACCAGCCUGCUGGACGUCAUCGAGCGGGUGGCCAGCCGUUCUCUGGUGUGUUCAGGACCGUUGGACAUUUCUGACAGAGAUCCUACAGCAGAGUCCCCGAUGGAAGACGUCAGAACGGCCAUACUGGGUCUGAUGGAAAUCCUGCAGAGCAAACUCUACAGCCUCCCAGCCAGCCACGCCUCCCGCGUGUACGAGAUGCUCGUCAGCCACCUGCAGCUCCACUACAAGAACAAGUACUGUUCUGCUGUCUCCGCUGCCAUCAGACUUAAGGUCUUUGACUUCUUCCUGAUGAUGCGCGCAGACUCCCUUCACCGCAUUGGGGUUCCCAACAAAGACGGAGCCAUUCGGUUCAGCCCUUAUUGCCACUGCGACGCCAGUGAACCUGAAAAGCGGGAGAAAAAGCCCACAGGCUCUACGUCGCCCCCUGCUGGCAGCCCAGCACCAGCAGCAGCCUCUACGGCCUCCAUGCGCUCCGCUUACCUCCCGUAUUCACACGCCUUUGGUGUCCUGCUGCAGUGCCUCAAGAUGGAGUCCGACUGGAAGGUUCUGAAGCUGGUUCUGGAUAAGCUUCCCUGGACGCUGCAGUAUAAAGUGCUGCUGCUCACGUCUCCCUGCAGUCUGGACCAGCUGUGCUCCACCCUCUGCUGCAUGGUGACGGAUCGACUCAUCUCUGAGCGUUUGAAAAAGACCCCGGAGGUGUUUUCUCGCACAGAUGUUCAGCUGGCAGUGGUUCCCGUUCUGACGGCUGUGACUUCUUACCACGUCUACCUGGAGCAGUCCAGACAGAGGGAACUGGUUCAGUGCCUUGAGACCGGCCUCAUCUACCGCUGUGCCAAGCAGUGUGUUGUUGCCCUCACCAUGUGCACGGUGGAAAUGCCCGACAUCAUGAUUAAGCUCCUCCCUGCACUCAUCGUCAAGCUCACACACAUCUCUGCCACGGUCGCCAUGGCGUCCCCAAUGCUGGAGUUUCUCUCCACUCUGGUGCGUCUGCCUCAUCUUUAUGCCAACUUUGUGGCUGAGCAGUAUGUGAGCGUGUUUGCUAUCUCUCUGCCCUACACCAACCCCUCCAAGUUCAACCAGUACAUCGUGUCCUUGGCUCACCAUGUGAUCGCCAUGUGGUUCAUUCGCUGCCGGCUUCCUUUCCGCAAGGACUUUGUGCAGUACAUCACAAAGGGUCUGCGCUCCAACGCGCUGCUGCCGUUCGACGACGGUCACGAGCAAAGCCCGUUCCGUGCACGAAGCACCAGCCUCAACGAAAGGCCCAAAAGCCACCGGGCGCCCAAAGUGGCAAAGGCAGCUGCGGGAAAUAGCAGCGGCUCCCCGGUAAAAGAGCUGCGGGACCGCUCAGCCAUGGAGGCGUUCCGCUGCCGCAGCAUCAGCGUCUCCGAACACGCGGUCCGCAGGAUGCACACCUCCACCACCACCUGCAGUCUGGGCUCUGCUGAUGAAAAUGCCGUGACUCAGGCAGAUGAAGGACUUAAGACCGUCCACCUGGAGCUCACAGAGACCUGCUUGGACAUGAUGGCUCGAUACGUCUUCUCUAACUUUUCUGCUCUGCCCAAGAGGUCUCCCAUUGCAGAGUUCCUGCUGGCAGGGGGGCGCAGCAUGACCUGGUUGGUAGGCAACAAGCUGGUGACCAUCACAACCAGUGGAGGAGUCAGAACCCAAGCACUGCUGGGUCUGGACAUGUCUGAGCGCCUGGGAGGAGGAGAGAUGACCAGGUCUGACCCGUCUCUGCACACCCGAAUGACCAAAGAGGCUCCAGCCAAGCUGGAGUCGCAGUCCAGCCAGCAGCAGAGCAGAUCCACACGCAUCCGUGUGCGCUCCAUCUCAGGAGGUCACGCUCUUCGCGCAGGUCCCGCUCAGAGUCUCAGUCCUCUGGUGUCUCCAUCGGAGGGGGAGCUGGCCACGCCUCUGUCUCCCUCCCAUGGUCCUGCUUUGGAGAGCGGGGGCCCACCGUCGUCCUCUGGCAUCUCGUCUGCUCCCCCUCCUCUCAAAGACAACCCCAGCCUGGCAGAGUUUGUCCCUAUGCUCACUCAGGGAUGGGCGGAGAUCUUCAUCCGGAGGCCUUCAGGAAACACCAGUUGGUUGAUGUGUCUGGAGAACCCCCCCAGCCCCUUCUCCUCGGAGGUCAGCAACAUGCCGCUGCAAGAGCUGUCCAGUGUCCUCAUGGCCAUGGAGGGGGUGAAGGAGCCUCCUGUUCAGACCGCCAGCGCCCCCGCCAGCACAGCUGCCCCCGCCCCCACAUCCAUCUCUGAACCCAUGUCUCACGGGAUCCACAGCAGCAGUGGAGGGAGGCCACACCUGAUCCAGCGUUCCAACACAGAUUCUGUGGUGGAGGAAAGCUCAGGUGUUGCCGUCGUGCCUUUCUGGUCUGAAAGCGAGUUUGAGGCGAUGCCUUGUGAUGCCAUCUUUAUGUCUGCGGAGAAGCUCAGCAGAACUCCGCCUCCUGAGGGACUCAGCAGAUCGUCCUCCACCUCCAGUCAGGAGGAUGAAAAGUCCACCUUGGAGGAAGUAAGUGAAGGAGCCAUUCCCAUUGAUCAGCCCCCCCUUGGACCCUCCACUCCGGGCAGUCAGGGGGUGGAGCUCCCGUUUCAGAGCCAUUCUCAGUCCCAAGGUUUUGGACUCAACAAGUCCAGUUCGUCCCCGGAGCUGCAGACGUUACCCGAGGCCUUCAGCAAGGUGCUGGAGUCAGACGCGUCUGAGGCAGCGGCGUUCUCAGACGCCAAACCUCAGGUACUGCCGCCCCCCUCCGAGAAGGAUGGCGUAGAGGGCGGUUCAGGGGGGGACACUACUGAUGGACUCCCAGCACCGAGUCAUAAAGGCGAAGGCUCAGCUCCAUCCUCCCAAGGAGGGGGUGCAGCCCUGAGGCUGCCUCUCCCUGCAGCGCAGUCGGCGACCAUUUCUCCUGGUGGGGGCUACAGACCUCGGGGUCACACAAUCUCUGUGUCAGCACCCUCCCGGAGGGACAGAAGGGCAGAAAGGGACUCCUACCAUGGACGAGCAGGCCCAAGCCCCACCGAGAAAGCCUCUGGACUGAGCCCCAGCUUUGUCUUCCUGCAGCUCUAUCACUCGCCUUUCUUUGGGAAUGAAGCCAACAAGCCGCUGCUGCUACCCAAAACUCAGGUCAUCGACCGCGCUGUGAAGGUUCUGGACCAGAUGCCUCCGUACGACACGCACAAGAUCGGAGUGGUGUUUGUUGGGGCUGGUCAGGUCAACAAUGAAGUUGCCAUCCUGUCAAAUGAAUACGGCUCCAACCGAUACGCCGCCUUCCUCACCGGACUCGGGAAGUUAAUCCACCUGAAGGACUGCGACUCUGACCAGAUCUUCCUGGGGGGGCUGGACCAGUAUGGAGACGAUGGGGAGUUCACGUACUGCUGGCAUGACGACAUUAUGCAGGCAAUCUUCCACAUCGCCACGCUGAUGCCGAACCGAGAGAGCGACAGAGGCUGCUGCAACAAGAAGCGCCACAUUGGCAACGACUUUGUCAUGGUGGUGUACAACGACUCUGGGGAGGAGUACAAGCUGGGAACCAUCAAGGGGCAGUUUAACUUUGUGGAAGUCAUCAUCAAACCUCUGGACUACGAUUGUAACCUGGUCACUUUGCAGUGCCGCAAAGACCUGGAAGGUUUGGUUGACACAACAGUGGCAAAGAUAGUUUCCGACCGCAACCUUCCCCUCCUCGUGAGGCAGAUGGCGCUGCAUGCAAAUAUGGCGUCCUUGGUUCAUCAGUACAGAGCCAACCCUUCAGACGCAUAUGCCUCCAAGUGGCUGGCCAGGCUACGGCAUAUAAAGAGGAUCAGAACCAGAGCUCAGGAGGACAUCCAGUCUCGUUCCACUCCUGGAAUCUCGCUUACGCAAGGCCACGCUCAGCAGAACAAGUCAUUUCAGCAGAACACGCCCACUCCCAACCCGGAAGCAUCCGGCCAAAGGAAAAGACUGGUGUCCACUGUGGAUGACUUCACCGAUUUUGUUUGAUUCAUCUCGUGCACCCGCGGGUGCGGUUGUGCUUUUGUGUAUGUAAUAAAGUGGUUUGACAUGAA